AGAGCUUCCCAAUGCUGAUUAUUAUUAUUGGAGUGGUUGGAGCUAUAAUUGUCCUGAUUAUUGUUAUAAUUAUUGUGUUCCUAUGCCAGAGACAGAACAAUAAGAAACCUCAUCCGGAAACAGAUAUAAACACGAUGGAAAAGCAGUGUAAAGAAUCAGAUCGCAGUUCGAACAUUUCAGACCUGAAAUUGGAUUUGAGGACAGGUUCUUCCAAUAGUAAUGUACAUUGUGAUAUGGACUACAUUCCCGGAGCUGAAUCGGAAACCGGAAGCGAGUCGGUAAUAACGAGAAUAGGGGUGCCUUUGGCGGGACCGGUCAACGUUUCGGGUCAGGAAAUUUACAGAUAUUCAGCCGACUAUACGGAGCCCAGUUUUCCACCCAAGGACGGACAAAACAACAACGGUUACGUUCCUUACGUGGACUACUCCCGAGACUACAACCCACCAAUGAUGCAACCGCCGAUUUCCUCUUCUCUGGACCCGACCAGAGAAAGUCUCCAAUCCACGCGUCUCCAACUCAACUCCCUCCAAGCUCACCAGAUACCCGUGUCGGGCUCUGGUCUACCGCUGAACGAUCUCUCCGAUCUCCACGUCUCCCAUCAGUCCAUGCCGAAUGGAGGUCUUCCGUCGAUCGAUCCCCGCUUCAGCGCCGCCUACGGUAAUCCUUACCUCAGGAACCCGAACGUGGGACUACCGACGCCGAACACGGCAAAUCCUGCCGCGACACCGGCUCCUCCGCCAUAUUCGAGGGAGAAUUCCCGGCUUGUCAGCUCUAGCGGAAUGAUAACGGCCAGUGCGAACGUUAUUAACACUGUAGUGGCCAAUGGGGCGAACGGAUCCAUUCCGCAGGUGACGCGAUUACCGAACUCCCCUACGAGUCAGUAUAUAGUGCCCAAUUCGAAUAUGGCGACUAUAAAAAGGGGUACCAUGGCGACGCAUGUAUAAUGUUUCAGUGCAGUUAGGUAGAAAACUAAUGCUAGUGGUAGGGAAAACGUUAGGAAUGGGUUUUGCUUCGAUAAUAAGAAGUAACGUGUUCGAUGAUGAGAUUCAGAUGCAGAAAUUAUGAUCCGUUUGACGAAUGAACCAUAAUUUACAUAGAAGACAUGUAAGAUCGCAUCUUUAAUUGAAUUUGGGUACUCGUUUCAUCAAAAAGGUUAUACAAUGUAUCUUGAAGAAUGAAAAUAACAAUAGCUCAGGUUGUGUUACCUUUAUAUUUGAUCCAAAUGGUCUCCAGAAAAAUCAGAAUAAUGUGAAACACAUAUUGAGUGAAUGAGGUGGUUUUUGAUCUCUUUCAUCAAAGAUAAUUUUCAGAAGUAGAAUAUUCAUUUAUUUCAAUUGAAAACACCUGAAUCGAUAGAGUUUAAGAGUGAGUCCAGUGAGUAUUGGGACGGAAAAAUCAAGAAAACCGGAAAAUGUGAUAGAGCAAAAAUAAAUGGUAGACUGCCUGACAGUCGUACCAAAUGUGUAAUAACCUUAUAUUGUGUUUAUGUUUUAACGGGUUUGAAAAGUCAGCUAAGCAGUUAGUUCACAGUAUUUCAAUUCUUGGUACCCACAACCGUCUCUCACUUAUAAUUCACUCGUUCUGGCGAUGCAAGAUCAUAGACAGGGUUGUUUUGGACCACUCGAUGCUGUAUUGGUUUCUUCAGUUGACGCGGAUCUCGAAGAUAGAUAUGAAGCAGGUUCUAAUCUUGAAGUCACAUUUGAUUCAUCAGAACUUCUUCGAUAGUCAAGUACUGGUUGUGACAGAUUUUUGUUUUUGCACAUUCUUUGAAGUUUUCUGAUCAAUGUUUGUUGUUAACGUGAGCACUGGUGGCUUAUUGAUAUCCCUCAACCAGACAAGAAUACGGUCAACGGCUCAGGAGCAGCAGUGCAGCAGAGCAGCAGUCAAAGCGUAAGCGCAUUUGCGCCUC